UAUAAUAUUUUCAUUAAUAACACAAAUAAAUAUAAUGAAACUAACAUUAGUAUUAUUAGUCACGUAUUUAGUGGUCUGUAAUGGACUGCCAUUUGCCGAUCAAUUGGCCGCCAAUAAUGUGGACAAUAGCCAUAAAUGGGUCGUAUUGUGCGCCGGGAGUAACGGUUGGGAGAAUUAUGCCGAUCAGGCAUUAGUAUACCGGGCAUAUCAUUUGUUCCGCUCGUAUGGCAUACCGGAGAGCAAUAUAAUUGUCAUGCAUUACGACGAUAUCGCACAUCACAGCAAAAACCCUAACCCAGGAGUUGUCAUAAACGAAAUCGGUGGUAAAAAUCUGUACCAUAAUAUUCCCAAAGAUUAUGUUGGCACCGAAGUUAACCCUACGAACUUUUUGGGAGCAAUUAGUGGUGACCCAGAGUUAGUGAAGAGAGGCAAGAAAGUGGUUAAAAGUGGGCCAAACGACAACGUGUUUGUGUAUUUUGGCGAUCAUGGUUCACCUGGUAAUAUAAAAUUUAUUUAA